CUGCGGCGCCACGUCAUCUUGUGUGAGGUUAGGCAGGUAGAAUGUCACCCCUUUUCACUUUGUGCGUGCGCGUUCGAGCAAGGGCUUCGGAGCACCCGGCCCCCUGAUCACGCGAUUAACCGACAUCAGCCGCCAGAGGCUUCGGAGCCGCAUCUUCUCAAGGCCAUUGAGCGCUCAGACUGGUUGUUUGAAGGAUUCUCGAGGACCAUGCCCGUGCCGCGCCAGGAACACCAAGAAGAGGGCGAGGCUACACUCAGGGUAGAAUUCCGCCAAGUCUUCGAGAGCCUGCGCAAAGAGUCGCAGGAUGGACAGAACUUUGAAGCCUACGUUCAUCACCUGGCGCGGGCCUGCUGGUAUGGCAGCCGGAUUGUACUGCGCCAGACUUCAGCAGAGGCCGAAGGCAUCUUCGACUUCAUCAUUGCGCUUCAUAAGGCAUGCGACGGCGAUUGGGGUCUCCUACAGGACCACGGCUUGACGCAGAAUGAAGUCGAUGUGUGGCUCGAGUUCUGCGGCAUGUUCUUGUCCAGCCUCGGAAAUUACUUCGAGGAUGGCGACCGCAAAGCUGUUCCCCGUAUAUCCAAGGACUCCAUCUUAAAGAUGACACAGAUGCUGCCCAAGUCAGACAUGAAUUGGCUUGAAACAAUUGAGCUGAUGACAGCGGAUAACCCGACAAGAAUGGGUUAUCCUACAGAGAAAAGCCAGUCCGCCUAUUACCCUGGGUCUGAGAUGUGUACACGGGAAGAGAUCGAAGCUGUGACCAAGAUCAUGUCAACCGAAAAGAUAGCGCCAGAAAACACGCGGCUGCGAAAGAACUCGACUGAAGAGUCAUUUGAGAUCAUACAGGCCUCUGCGGAAACAGAAGGCGAGCCCAGAGUUCUUGGCUAUCUUGCGGUUGAAGAUCAGCGCCAGUUCAAGGUUCUACUCCGUCGCGGUGACCACUCUCAUGAAAUGACCAAGAUCUGUGCUGAACUGACAAACGCGCGUGAAGUUGCUGUCACGGAGGAGCAGAGAUUGGCGAUUUCUCAACUGGCUGAGAGCUUCAGUACCGGUAACUAUCAGGCAUUCCUUGACGCACAACAAACGUGGAUCAAAGACAGAGCUCCUCGAGUUGAACAUUGCAUGGGAUUCCUUUUUGGGUAUCGGGACCCUCGCGGUGUUAGAGCCGAAUGGCAAGCCGCCGCAGGCGUUGCCGACUUAGCGGAAACGAACAAGAUGGGUCAACUCGUUGAUAAGUCCCCAGAUGUCAUCUGCACGCUUCCAUGGGCUGUGCCAAAUGAAAACGGCGGCAAAGGACCCUUUGAGCCGAGUGAAAUACAAACACCCGACUUUGCCAUCAUCCAUGUGCUUGCAUCGGUAUCCAGCACGGUAUGGGAAGCCACUAACAUCACCAUCGACCAUGGUGGUAAAAGGCUUGGUUCCAAAAACAUGGUUUAUGGAAAUCGAAUAAGCUUGAACAACAGUCCUAGACGUCCUUGCUACUAUGUUCACCCCUCAGAGGCCGAGGCAUACAUGAGCUGCGCCCAUGAAGUGCGCUUUGCUCAAACUGCCGUUCACGAACUGAUUGGUCAUGGGACAGGAAAACUACUCACGGAGACGGCACCAGGCCAGUUCAACUUUGACCAUACCAAUCCCCCCAUCAGCCCUGUAACUGAUAACCCCAUAAGCACAUGGUACAAACCAGGAGAGACCUGGAAUAGCGUUUUCGGCAAACUGGCACCGACUGUGGAGGAAUGCCGGGCAUAUUUGAUUGCAGACUAUCUGGCCGACAACAGGGAUGUUCUCGGCAUGUUCGGGUAUAGUGAUAAUAGUACACCGACGGCAGAUGAUUUCAUUUACUACACAUACCUGCAAAUUGGAGUUGAAGGCCUCCAGGCACUCCGAAAUUUCGAACCGUCAGACAUGACUUGGGGAGAUGAUCACCAGCAGGCUUUAUUCGCCAUACUCAAGCAUCUGAUACAGGACGGUGAUGGCGUCAUAUCCAUAGAUCAUGACCCCAAUGCCAAGACUCUUUAUGUCCGCGUUGAUCGCUCCAAGAUUGUUACCUGUGGAACGCCUUCCAUCGGACGAAUGCUUUGCAAGAUUCAUAUCUGGCACUGCACUGCCGAUGUGGAUGCCUGUCGGCCGUUCUAUAACGCUUUGAGUGUUGUUGAUGGCGAAUACGAAAUCUGGAGACAGGUCGUGGUCUCUAACCCAGAGCCAAAGUGGAAGUUCUUGCAACCAAACACGUUUAUCGGAGAUAAAGGCGAGAUUGUUUUGAAGGAAUAUGAGCCUAGCAAUGCAGGAAUUAUUCAAUCCUUUUCAGAACGAGGCCUUUAA